UCAUUUAUAUUGGCACUGACUCAUCACUGACUAACAAACUAAAAUCAUGAAAUGGGAAGUGAAUCUUCGACACUUCCUCUAUGGAUAACUGAGGUGUAAAAAUAAAUGAGCAGCCCCCGAGGUGUAGUUCAGCUGCUGGUAAAGUACAUGCAUUGAUUUGGCCAAACAGAACAAGUCUGAACAGAACAUUUGCCACAUGGUGUGGGUUUGUGGGGAAAAGCCCACGAGAAGAUCUAAUAAGUUUACUGAUAGUCAGAGGCUCUGUACGGAUCUCUCAACACGUCUCUUAUCCGGCGGACCGCUCUUACACAAACUGUACAUGGAAGAUCUCUAACAUGGAGGCUAGCAAACACUGGCUAAUGCUAAUAUGCUGGGUUAUAAUCACAUUUUGGAUCAGCUUGGUUGCAUGCAAGCCGAAUAACGAACCCCUGAUGACCCGCCGAUGUGACAUCCAGACUAACACGAACGGGACUGUUUUUGACUGCCACGGCCGAAGGUUACGAGUCAUGCCCCAGGUUUAUUUGAACACCACCAGCCUUGACGCAUCUGAGAAUGAAAUCAGGAACCUAACCGCAGACUCACUGAAAGACCUGCAAAAAUUAAAGUAUCUCAGACUAAACUGGAUGAACCACAGGCAAAAAGUGUCCGUCAGCAGGGGGGUUUUUACCAAUCUGUCAAACCUGGAAAUCUUGGAGCUUAACGGAGUCGGUGUGUCAGAGGUUCCAGCACAUCUUCCGAUUUCCCUGAGACAACUGAGAUUGGACGAAAACAACAUUUCGUUUCUAAGUCGCCAAAAUUUAUCACAAUUAAAAAACCUGACCCAUCUUUAUCUGUCCAAAAAUUGCUAUUAUGGAAGACCUUGUCAGAGGCAUUUUGAAAUUGUUAAUGGAACUUUUUCAGACUUGGACCAGUUAAAACAUCUGAGUUUGUCAUACAAUAACAUCACCCAUGUUCCCAGAUAUUUGCCUGUCUCCUUAGUAACAUUUGAACUUGCAUCCAACGUGAUAUCGUUCAUCGGAGAAGAUGAUUUCAAAGGUCUCCCAAACCUUAAAACCCUUAAAAUCCAGGGGAACUGUCCUCGCUGUCAAAAUGCUCCAUAUCCCUGCACUCCAUGUGAAAAUGGCUCUAUCGAUAUUCAUGAACAAGCUUUCGGCAACCUCAAAAAUCUCACUUUAUUGCAUCUUGCCGGGAAUUCCAUCUCUCUCAUCAAGAAAGCAUGGUUCGAGAACCUUUCGCAGCUGCAGGAGCUCUACCUCUCCUACAAUUUUCUGGCAAGUCAGAUUGAGGAUGGGGCGUUUUUGAGUAACUUAAGGCUUUUGAAAAAACUCGACCUCUCGUAUAAUUAUCAUCUUCAAGCUUAUCCAGACACCGUGCGCCUAUCACCGACCUUCGCCAACUUGCAAAGCCUUCGCAUCCUGCAUAUCCAAGGUCUGGUGUUCAAAAAGAUCCAGAACGACUCUCUCGCGCCUCUUUACGGUUUGCAGAAUCUGUCCGUAUUAGAUAUAGGAGUCAAUUUUAUCGUAGCUGUGGAUUCAAAUAUAUUUAACCAAUUUUCUAAUUUACAGCUGCUGUAUCUGUCAGAAAACCGUCUCUAUCCGAUCUCUAACUCUUCGGUUAGGAAUCCCGAUAAUAACAUGAUGCCGUCACACUUUGUCCAACCCGAGCUGACAGAUUCUCAAAAGACACUAGAACCCUAUCAGGUUAAAAAACAGCUCGUCAAACCGGAGUGUGUCGCUGCUGGUCGUGUGCUGGAUCUGAGCAGAAAUAAUCUUUUUUUCAUUUCCCCAAAGCAGUUUGUGGACUAUAAAAACAUUUCCUGUCUCAACCUCUCUAGAAAUGGCUUCUCAUCAGCAUUAAAUGGAACAGAAUUCACAUCACUGCCUAACCUAAAAUAUCUAGAUCUGUCAUUCAACAGGAUUGAUUUGGCUUACGAUUAUGCCUUUAAAGAGUUACAGGAGUUGGAGGUGCUUGACCUCAGCUUUAACCCACAUUAUUUUAUUGUGCCUGGAGUGACCCAUAAUUUGCAAUUCCUACAGAAUUUGCCUAAACUGAGAGUAUUAAAUAUGAGCUCCAACAGCAUUUUUACCCUAACGAGUAAGCGCAUGUACAGCAAAUCGCUCGCCGAGCUCCAGUUCCAGGACAAUAACCUUGCGAGGAUUUGGAGAGACAGAAAGUAUGUGCAACUUUUCUGGAAUUUAACAAAUCUGACCUACCUUGAUAUAUCGCACAACUACAUCCAGAAUAUCCCUAAAGACGUUUAUAAAUACUUGCCUCUCACACUAAAGACAUUCAGAUUAAAUGGUAAUAUCCUGACGAGCCUGAACUGGACUUUGAUGAGGGCCUUUACACAGCUUGAGGAGCUCAGUCUUAGCUAUAACCACCUGACGCAUGUCUCUCAGAAUAUAACCCAGAAUAUCCCGUCCUUGCGUUACCUGGACCUAAGCAAUAACAGAAUCUCUCAGUUGGCCACCUCAUUGCUCAAUGGAGCUUUCAACCUUAAAAUGUUAGAUCUGAGUUAUAAUAAAUUAAGCACUGUUAAUCAGUCCACUUUCCCUGCAAAUGGCGAAACUAAUUUGAGCACUUUAUGGCUCCAUAGGAACCCCUUUCAUUGUACAUGUGACAUAUUGGAAUUUGCCAGGUGGAUUUCGGGAACCAAAGUGAAAAUCCCCUAUCUGUACACUUUAGUGACUUGCACUGCCCCGUUUUCAAACAAGGGCAAACUGGUGGUAGACUUUGACCUCCAGGAAUGCCUUGAUGGCUAUGUCGCCUUCCUGGCCUACUUCUUCACUACUUUUUUUAUUGUGGGUGUCACCUUUGUGACAACCUUGAUGCACAUUUUCUACUGGGACGUUUCAUAUGUGUUCUAUUAUGUGAAGGCCAAAUUCAAAGGGUACCAGCACUUGAGCUCUGGAGAUAAUGUCUACGAUGCCUUUGUCACCUACGACACCAAAGACCCACAGGUCUCAGAGUGGGUCUUGAACCAUCUCCGUGUUCAGCUGGAGGAAGAAGGUGAUCGCUUCCUUCCAGUCUGUUUGGAAGAACGUGACUGGCUACCCGGAUGCCCCAUCUUGGACAGCCUGACCCAGAGCAUUCGCCAGAGUCGCAAGACGAUCUUCGUCCUCACUCAAUCUUAUGUGAACAGUGGCUCGUUCAAGAUGGCCAUUUACCUGGCGCACCAGCGUCUUCUGGAUGAAAAUGAGGAUGUGAUCGUGCUGCUUCUACUUGAGCCCGUGCUGCAAAACUCGCAUUUCCUGCGCCUGCGGAGGCGACUCUGCAGCCACAGCGUGCUCGAGUGGCCCCAGACCCCUGCCGCAGAGCCCUGGUUCUGGCAGUGUGUGAGAAAUGCAAUUCGGCUCGAGAACAAGGUCAUGUACAGCAGCAUCUACUCCAGAUACUUCACUAUCAAAAAAAGACCCAGAGAAAAAUAAUGUAUUCUAAUGAACAUUAUUACGACUCGACAUUUAUAUUUUAGAUCAUUAUUUCACACAGAACAUAUAAUUCAACAAACACCAUGUUCUUAUUAUUAACAUCAUUCUGUUGACUAGAGAAGGCAAAUAUUUUCAGAUGAGAAAACAUUCCAGUGCAAAAUGCCAACCUUUAUUUUCUAUUUCAUUUCAAUUCUAGUCAUAUUUGUGUUUAUAUCUAGAACAUGUUCCUCUAGUCACAUGGUGGCUUUCUUAUAUUUUUCAAUUAGUGUUCAAGUAGCUAUGGUGUUGCUAGGGUCCUAUGUGGUGAUUUCUAUGCCAUGCCAGAUGGUUACGAGUGUAUUGUUUAGAGCUUACUAGGUUGUUGCAGGGUUGAUAUGAUGUUCCAGGUGGUCGCUAGUGUGUUGUUGAGUGGAUCUCAAUUGGUCACAAAAUUAUUGUUAGGUCCCCAUUAUAUUCCUGGUGGUUGCUGGUGUGUUGCUAGGUGUUUACUAUGUCAUACCAUGAGGUUGUUAGAAUUAUUGCCAGAUGAGUUGCAACGGUAUUCCAGGCUAUUCCAGAAGGGGAUUCGACAUGAUCCCAGCUGACUGCCAGUGUGUUAUGUGGCUGCUAUCGUGUACCGUGCUAAACUGGAGGCUCUGAGCUUCAUUAACUUGUUAGCCAGGUUACUUUUGAAGUGCAAAAUGAAAAGAAUGAACUUCAGAUGUGUAGCUGGGACUACAUUUGAGAUUAGGAGAGCAUUGUGUUUAUUUUUAUUUAGUUUUUGUCAUUUUAAAAGCCUUUUUCUCUCAGUAGCAUGUUACUUGUCUGCGCUACACUUUUAGAGGAAUCAUUUUGUUUCCAAUUUUGUACAAAAGUAAAUGUGGAUUUGAAGGUAAACCAUUUUUGUGUUGUUGCACUGAAUGAUAUGUAAUGUGCUUUACAUUAUCAGGGUUCUCUUAACGGAGCUUGUGAGUACAUUUUAACAGACCUACAAUCAACCCCUGAUAUAUUCCACUACAUUAUCACAGAAAUUACACACAGCAACCUUAUCCAAUCUUAAAAGGAAGAAGUGACCAAACCCAGUGUUUCCUGUUUCCCUGUUUAAACUACUGUAGAUGGCACGUUUUAAAUAAAAAAAUUAAUAAAAAUAUAUAUUUUCCAUUA